GAUGUCCCCUUCUUUUAUUAAAAGUAUACCAAAUAGUGCUAAGGUUGGUGGUAUUUCCCAGCCAUGGGUAGAAAAAUACAGACCUAAGACCAUCGAUGAGGUUGUCUCCCAAGAAGAAGUAGUGGCUUCUCUAAGUGCUGCUGUCAAAGUUGGAAAUCUUCCUCAUCUUUUAUUUUAUGGGCCCCCCGGAACCGGAAAAACUUCCACUAUUCUAGCUCUCUCUCAUCAAAUAUUUGGCCCUGAACUAUAUAAAGAACGGGUUUUAGAAUUAAAUGCUUCGGAUGAGCGCGGAAUCGAUGUAGUUCGCGAGAAAGUAAAAAAAUUUGCGCAAUCUCUUGUCUCGGUGAGCAAAACCGCACCGCUAUUUAAAGUUGUGAUUCUGGACGAAGCGGAUUCGAUGACGAAGGAUGCCCAGGCGGCCUUACGCCGUACAAUGGAGGUCUACUCUAAGAUGACCCGAUUUUGCCUUAUAUGCAAUUAUGUUACCAGAAUCAUUGAGCCGUUAACGUCCCGCUGUGCAAAGUUUCGAUUUAAACCUCUACCCUAUAGCUUAAUGGAAGAGCAUAUCAAAAUGAUUGCAGAGCAGGAAGCCAUUUCCCUUGGGGACAACAUGAUCGAGACGCUAAUUAAAGUUUCCAGCGGUGAUCUACGCAAAUGCAUUACUCUUUUACAAACUUGUUUUCGCUGGAAAGACCAGGCUGCCAUCACAGUUUCCGAUGUUCUGUCUGUCGCUGGGGUCGUCCCGGAAAAAGUGAUUCUGGAAUUAGUCGAAUGUCUCCGGAGCGGCUCUUUUACCAGCGUCUCUGCAAAGGCGAAGGCGUUGAUCAACGAGGGCUACUCGGUCACUAGCGUCCUGCAGCAGCUGCACGACUUUUAUCUCGCCGACAACUCCUUGACUGAUCCGCAAAAGUGUAGCAUUUUCCUAAAAAUGUCGGAGGUCGACUGGUGUUUGAACGACGGCGCAGAUGAGGAACUACAACUUCGCUCUCUAGGCGCAACCGUCUUGUCUAUUCUUGCUGAAGUAGCAUGA